CUCUUGGACGCAGCCCCGGGCUGGCGUUCUGCACAACUACACAAGUAUACUACACGUAUUGUUAUUAUUAUUAGUGGCUUUGCACUGUGAUGAGAUUAAAAUGGGUCCGAAUAAAAUCACGAUCAAGAAGAAGAAAAAAGGCCCCUCUUUCGACAUCGAGACUUUCAAAUUGGACAUCGACGAUCUCAUUCAAGCCUUCGUCAAGGAUGAGUCCAGAACCUUGGUUGAUAUGAAGAGAGUUUGGAUUAAGAAGAAAUUCUCCUAUAUUUUUGAAGCUAGACCUACUACUAAUAUUGCUUGCUUUAUGCAAUCUCUCUAUUCUCAUUCUAUUGGUUAUGUGACGUCUGAUGCAUCUUUGUCUACAAGAUUGGGUGGGCUAUACUGUCUCUACUGUCUCCAUGAGACUCAGCCGUUCAAACCUCCUUUCCGGGUUUAUAUAUCUCUUGGAGAACUUAGGAAACUCAGAAGACUUGUUGUUGACUCUAAAAAGGAGAAUGUGAAAGUUGCUCCAGCUUUGGUCAACAGAAUGCUUGAAAAGAAUAUGUUCCUUUUCGGCGCUGUAGAUUUAAAGGAAGGUUCUGUGACUGAAAAGAUUAAAGAACUUAGAGCUAGGGAGGAUGCUACCAUUCGAACUGCACAGAAGAAAUUAUUUGAGAACAGCCGGAUCGAGCAUUUUAUUCACAUGGACUUGGGUAUGGAGCUUGAUGUUGAUUACCUUAAAAAAAUGUCAUCAGAUUAUGAAGCAGCCAAGAAGUUUGCUGUAAAAGAGGCGGGUGAUAUGGUAGAUAUCCAGAACAUAAAACACUUGACUGAAAAUCAGAGAUUGAUUGGAGAUGUGCUGGAAGAUACUGCUGAACAGUGGAGCAAUGUGAAAGAACUCUUUUAUCAAGAGACACAAUAUGGCCAACGUUCUGUUGAAGGACAUUCUGAAUAUGGAGCACCAUACAACCUCCGACAACGCCAAGUUACUGUACAUAGUGAAUUGGGGGAAACUUCUGGCCAGUCCCAUACUCAGGGGGACAAUGAUAAUCAUCAACUGGAGGAAGAUGGAUUUGAUGAUGACCUCGCAAAGGAACUUGAACAGGCGCUCGCACACAAUGGAGAAGAUAGUGAAGAUGACCUGGCUAUGGAUCUUGAACAGGCACUUUCGGACUAUGAAGGAGAUAGUGAAGAUUGAUACUCUAAGACUGCAAAUGCCAGCAACACAGGCAAUGAGAUAUAUGGAGCAGAAGUUAAAACUUUUAUUCAUUGAUCAAGGCAUUUGGAAAAUGCAUAUUAUUGUGAAAAUUUGUUCCUGUAGGGCCAGGGACUAGUUUUGUAGACUAUCUGUACGGAGAGUAUGUUAUAAUUUUUAGUGUUCCUUCUUUGUAAAUACAUGUAGCGUAUGCUGUCCCCAAAUAUAUUAUCUAUUUAUGUUAUUACCAUACUUGCUUUUUA